AUGAAUUGUUAAAUCCACCCCUUUAAGCAGUGCUCUUUCUAUAGUAAAAAAUUGGAUCGUCUUUAAUGUCCUCUCUGUCUCUUACCAUCAGAUCUGCAAUAGUAAGUCAUAGAUAAUACUACAAAACCGUUGUAAAACAAUAGCAUCAUCGAUAUUGAUUUGGUAGAAUCUCUAGCUUAGAGUCUGAUUUAAGAAGAAGACAUGCAUCAAGAUUUGAAUCAAUUAGAACAGAAGUAUUUGGAUAUCAUCACCGAAUUCAAAAAAAACACAAUCAGUUUCUUAGAACAAUUAUGUUAGAAUAUCCAAUCAGUGUUAUUGUAGAAUCUAUAUAAAUUGAGAAUGAAAGCAGAGUAGCAUCAAACUGAGAUGGAAGAGAAUCAGAAAUUGUUAUAAAAGAUCUAAGAAAUGAGGAAAAAGGAUGACUUCGAUUGUAUUGAAUCUAUAACUUCACUACAAAGUGCUAUUAUUAAAUCAGAUAAAAUUAAUCAUUAGAAAAUACUAUCAUUAUAAACUAAUACCAUUUAAAUAUUAGAAGAAUUUGCUAAACAAUUUAUGAAAACUCUUGCUUCGAUUGAUGUUCAGUAAUUUGAAAAUGAUAUUUAAUUGAUUUUCGAUCCUAAAUCGAAACCUGUAAACAAAUAGCAUGAAAUUAAAUCAGUAAAUUAAUCUAUGUCAUCUUAAUUAGGCAAUAUUUCAGUUGAAUAAAUUAAAAAAAUAACGAUUUAAAAUUAAUUUUAAUCAUAAUAUGUAGUUAAUUCUAUUUUAUCAUCUGAAAGCUAAGUAAUUAUUGGAACUAAAUGUGGUAAACUAGUACUUUAUGAAUGCAAUUCAUUUGAUGAAUUAUUUUCAUUAGAUGCUCAUAAAGAUAGUGUCAAAAUAUUGGCAAAAGGAUUAAAUGAGAAAUUAUUUGUAUCAAGUAGUUAAGAUAAAGUACUAAAAAUAUGGGAAAAAUUCUAUUCAGAAACUGAUAGAGCCUUUCAAAUUACACUUAAAUUUGAUUUAGAAUAAUAGGUUAGUUAAGCAUUAUGUUUAACAGUCUGUGAAGGAAUUUCAGUAUCAAAAUCGAAAAUAAUUAAUCUGUAAAUAAAAUCUUAUUAUUAUUAUUAGACUCUUAGUAGGAUCUGCUGAUAACACUGUUAGAGUUUGGAAUUAUGAUAAUGGAUAAUACUUCUUUACAUAUUCAGGUCAUACUGGAGAUGUGUAUAGUGUGGCUUUUGUUAAGAAAAUAAAUUUAAUAGCUUCGGGAUCAUAAGAUAAAUCAAUUAGAUUAUGGGAUGGCAUAAAUUAUAAAUAUAGCAGACCAAUUUUUAAAUUUAGUGGUCAUACAGACAGUGUUACAGGAAUAUUAGCAAUAUCUGAAGAAAAUCAAAUUUUAUCUUGUGGGUUGGAUAAAACAUUUCGAUAAUGGGAUUGCGACAAGAAAGUACAAGUUCGAGUGUUUACAAUUCAAUUUUUACCCUAGAGACUUAUUCAAUUCUAAUCAGGAAUAGUGUUAAUCCAAUCUUCUGAUACAAAAGUGAGAAUUUAUGAUUACAGAAUAACUACUCUCUUGCAUGAAAUAAAUAGUAAAUGUUAAAUUGAUAUAUUUAGAUCAAAGAAGGAAUGUAGCAACAUAUUGUGUUGAUUAUGAUAAUAAGAGUAUUUUAUGCGUAAGUGAAAACCAUAUAAAUUUAUUUUAUUGA